AUGAAAGAUCAAACUUCAAGUCUGCCUAAUUUUCAACCAGGAACAAGCCUAGCGAAUGCGAUUGGUGACCGGCUAUCAAUAGAUGAUUCCAACGAAACUUUCCAAGCGAUGUCGUCAAUAGUAAGUCGAACCGAGUCCAAUCACGACAGCGAAGGACGAUCGAUAACUGAAUUAGAAAAUCUGAAAUAUAAAACAGAGUUGUGUCGCAAUUUUUCUAUCUAUGGUUUAUGCUCCUAUUUAUCACGCUGUCAGUUUGCACAUGGAUACGAAGAAUUACGUUCUCGUACACGACAUCCGAAGUACAAAACUGAACUGUGUCGAAAUUUUCUUUUGGGACAUUGUAAAUACGGCACACGAUGUCAGUUUUUACAUAAAACAGAAGAUAUCAAAGGAAACUCCCACACAAAUGAGUCUAUAGCAGCGAUAGGAACGUAUUUAUUGACAAAUCUACUCGCUCAAUCAGCUGUUCUAACGAACUUGAACUCGACACUUAUUACUCCUCCAUUUCAACCGCCCGAUCGAAUGUCACUUCCGUAUCAUUGCGGCAUCGGAAUGCAGCAACUUCAUUUGUCUCCGAAUCUCUUUCACAGAGCAUCUCUUCCACAAAAUCAAAACAACAAUGAUUAUCCGACGUACGAUUUUUCCGGUGAAGUCGGUCGAAAACUUAUCUAG